AGGACAGUUUUGAACCGUGCAUCCCGCGGGUUUCCGGUCUUGGUGCGGGUGCCGGAGCGGGAUGGAGCGGCGCUGAGAGGCGGCUCCGAGGCGGGGAAAAGCCUGCACACCGAGCCCCCUCCAGGCUCAAUGGGCAGCCGGAGCUGACACCUCCUCUCCCGGCAAAGAGGGACAAUGAAGCUCCUGAAACCCACCUGGGUUAAUCACAAUGGCAAGCCAAUCUUUUCUGUGGAUAUCCACCCAGAUGGCACAAAGUUUGCAACAGGAGGUCAAGGGGAAGAUUCUGGAAAAGUCGUCAUCUGGAAUAUGCCGCCUGUCCUUAAAGAGGAAGAUGAGAAGAAUGAAAAUGUUCCAAAGAUGCUGUGCCAGAUGGACAACCACUUAGCCUGUGUGAACUGCGUGCGAUGGUCCAACAAUGGAGCAUAUUUAGCAUCUGGAGGGGACGACAAGCUCAUCAUGGUGUGGAAGCGAUCAGGAUACAUUGGCCCUAGCACGGUUUUUGGCUCCAGCAGUAAACUUACCAAUGUAGAGCAGUGGCGAUGCCUUAUCAUCCUCAGAAGUCACACAGGAGAUGUGAUGGACGUUUCAUGGUCUCCCCAUGAUGCCUGGCUUGCAUCCUGCAGCGUGGAUAACACAGUAGUUAUUUGGAAUGCUUUGAAAUUUCCAGAGAUUAUUGCAACACUUCGUGGUCAUUCUGGCCUGGUAAAGGGACUUACAUGGGAUCCAGUGGGGAAGUACAUUGCCUCUCAGGCUGAUGAUCGUAGCUUAAAGGUCUGGAGAACGAUGGACUGGCAGUUAGAAACCAGUAUCACCAAGCCCUUUGAUGAGUGUGGAGGAACCACCCAUGUCCUAAGGCUCAGCUGGUCCCCUGAUGGCCAUUAUCUUGUGUCCGCUCAUGCCAUGAACAACUCUGGCCCAACAGCUCAAAUCAUCGAACGGGAUGGGUGGAAGACAAACAUGGAUUUUGUGGGACACAGGAAAGCGGUUACUGUAGUGAAAUUUAAUCCAAAAAUAUUAAGGAAGAAACAGAAGAAUGGGAGUUCAAGCAAAACCAAUAAUCCUUAUUGUUGUUGUGCUGUAGGGAGUAAGGAUCGCUCAUUGUCUGUCUGGCUUACUUGUCUUAAAAGACCCCUGGUUGUAAUCCAUGAGCUGUUUGAUAAAUCCAUUAUGGAUAUUUCUUGGACACUAAACGGCCUGGGAAUCUUGGUGUGUUCUAUGGAUGGAUCUGUAGCUUAUCUGGAUUUCUCUCAAGAUGAGCUUGGAGACCCACUGAGCGAGGAAGAGAAGAAUAACAUCCUCCAAAGCAUGUAUGGUAAAAGCCUGGCUAUCACAACAGAGCCCCAGCUGUCUACUACUAUCAUCGAGAACCCAGAGAUGCUGAAAUUUCAACAGAGACAGCAGCCACUACAAGAUGGAGAGCAGAGGGUGGCUGCACUAAGGGAAUCCUCACCAACUCCCACAGUGGCCAGUAUGGUAAAUGGAGAGAGUUUGGAAGACAUCAGAAAGAAUCUUUUAAAGAAACAAGUGGAGACACGGACAGCAGAUGGCAGGCGUAGGAUUACCCCUCUGUGCAUCGCCCAACUGGACACUGGGGACUUUUCCACAGCAUUCUUCAACAGCAUUCCGAUUUCAGGAUCCCUCGCAGGCUCAAUGCUCUCCUCGCAGAGCAACCAACAGCUAAUCUCCUUGGAUUCAAAUACAACCAGCUCCUUGGGUGCUCCUAAAUCAAGCUUAGAACCUGCAGGAAACGCAAAACCAGCAGAAGAAACUCCUACCAAAGAUAGUGGGAAUGCAUCUUCUGUCAUACCAUCUACCCCCACAGGACUAUCUUCUACUCAAGCGAAGAUAGAACCUAUGAAAGCACUCGACUCCCGAUUCACUGAAAGAUCGAAAGCCACCUCAGGAACGGCAGGAGUUGCUCAUAUAAACCAGACAUCUGCAGACAGAUUAAAAGAUCAGAAUGUUACAAAAGACCAAAAACCAAGAGACCUCCUAGAGAGCAGCAGCGACAGUGAGGAUAAGAUCCCUGCAACAAAACCACUCUCCAAACGCAAGGCAGAGAUUGACGCCGACCUUGGAGAAAAGAGGAAGAAAGGCCGACCUCGGAAAGACUCCCGGCUUAUGUCUGUUUCCCUUACAGUGCAGUCUCAGGUUGCAUCAACCUCAGAGAAGGAAUUAACAUGUGUAACCACGCCAUCAUUAACACUCAGACUGCCAACCCCAGCUCCUCAGAAAUCCUUCACACUACAGAUAACUACGGAGCCCUCUGUGUAUAUUGAAGUGGAAAAUGAAAUUAGAGUAGUAGCUGGAUCCAAACUUAGCCGCCUCAAGUGUCUUCGGGAUGGAAAGGAGUGGGAGACGGUGCUCACUAGCAGAAUCAUGGCAGCAGCGGGCAGCAAUGAUGUGGUGUGUGUGGCCUGUGAGAAGCAGACAUUGUCCAUGUUUUCUGGAAGUGGAAGAAGAGUCUUUCCACCCAUCAUCCUUCCGUCUCCCAUUUCCAACCUGCAGUGCACGGGAUCUUAUGUUAUGGCUCUUACAGCUGCUGCUGCCCUGUCUGUCUGGGAUGUACAGAACCAGGUGGUUUUAAUAAAGAAUGAAUCUUUACAGCCCAUCUUAUCAGGGAAUGACAUGACCGUUUCACAGACCUUGCUGACCCAUAGAGGUGUGCCAGUGCUCAGCCUAUCCAACGGGAAAGCAUAUGCCUUCAAUUCAUCCCUAUCUGCGUGGAGCCUGGUGUCUGACAAACAGGAUGCCCUGUCACAAUGUGCAGAUUACCGGAACUGCUUAUCCUCACAGGAUGCCGUAAUGUGCCCUGGACCACUAGCCAUAAUCCAGGGACGAGCUUGCAAUGCAGGCAGACAGGCUGCUCGCCUCUUCACAAUGCCUCACCAAGUGCAGCAAGAGACCACCAUGGCUCAUCUUGAGAACCAAAUUGCAGCUGCCCUUAUGUUGCAGUCUAGUCAGGAAUACAGAUACUGGCUCCUCGUCUAUGCACGGUACCUAGUAAAUGAAGGUUUUGAACAACGGCUACGUGAAGUUUGUCAGGAAUUGCUGGGUCCUGUCCAUCGAUCUUCUGGAAGCCAGUGGGAAUCUAGAAUCUUGGGCUUACGAAAGAGGGAGCUACUUAAAGAACUACUCCCACUCAUUGGGCAAAAUCUGCGUUUUCAGCGACUCUUCACAGAGUUUCAGGAGCAGCUGGACAGUUUAAGGGACAAAUAGCAUUAUUUGGUUCAUAUCCAAUUCCUACUUUUCAUUGUUCUUUUUCUCCUUUGAGUGAAAGCCUGAUGGUUUGGAGAGAACCACAAGGCCACUUCAACCUUUUGGUGCUGAAGGAGACAUGCAUGGACAUGAGUUAUCAAUACAGAAGCCACGGGUGUCUCACAGCCUCUGGCAGCUUGCUGAACAUCAAUUCAAGGCCCUGUAAUCUCUCUGUCUUAGUUUCUAUGGAAGCUGGGCAAGUUGUGAGGAAUCAUUAAAAAUUGAAUGAGAGUAUAUUGGCCAGAAUUUGCAAGAAAAGCACAGUACAUCCCUAAUACACUUGAAAAGCAUUGUCCUCACUCGCCUUCCUAUUGCCAUCUAUUUUCCAGGCCGAACUCUAAAGCAAACCUUGCACUACUUGAGGGUAAACUUGACGACCAUACAUGAGAGCGUUGUCUAUUUUUCAUCCAAAAUUCACCUGUUGAAUACAAGAGGAAUGCUGCCCAUCAGACAUUUUUUUCUAUUCUGCUAGGCCAAUAAUUAAAACUACAUGUCUAUUGGAUGUAAGCUCUCAUACUGCUGCGCAAGAAAAAGAAACAAAGCAUAAGGCUUACUGUCCUCAUUCAGUUUUUAAUUUUUAAAUGUUUGUAAAAGACAGGGUUUUGUUUUUUGUUUUUUUUUCUUAUUUUUUUUACUUUUUUUUUUCCCAUUCCUUUUCUAACUACAGAAUAAAAAAAGUCAUUGGUCGUUUGCAGUCCAAUCUAUUUCUCUCUCUGGGAAACUGUAACAUAAAAUUUUAGUACUGAAAAAGCACCCUUAAGAUGAUUUCAAAAUGUAUUGUGUUAUAUAAAAUUUCAGAAAGAGAAAAAAAAUACUUUGUCAGUUGAAGCAUUUUACAGACUAUACAACUUGUAAUGAGUGGCACACAAAGUAAAUACAGAUAAUUAAGUUUUUAAACUUAAUUAUAUUCUGAAGCACAUAGGCUAUUAACUUAAGUGAGAAUUCAAGGUGAAUUCAAAGCAAAUUUUAAAUUUAAGAUGAAUAUAGCUGAACUAAAUAAAAGAAAAAAUCCGCUAUGUUUUCAGUUGUUACUCUGGCCUUUAAUUUUUACAUUUGCUUUGAAUGUUGAAUUCUCAAUUUAGUAAAUAACUGUGACAGGGCAGGUCCUAUUAUUUGUUUUAUCUUGCAUAUAAGAGUUAUAUGGGUGGUAUGGGUUACAUGUGAAAAAAUGGCAUCACAAAUUGUUAAAAUGCGUUCACUAAUAAAGCAAAAAGCGGGAAUUGA